AAUCGCCGUGCCCCGCGGGGCUCCUGCGGGACCCCGGCAGCUCCCCGAUUCCCACGCGGAGCCAGCCCGCACUGAUCCUGGACCCCGAGCCCGAGCCCGAGUCAGAGCCCGAUUCGGAUCUGGACCCUGACCCCAACCCUGACUCCGACUCUGCUCCUGACCUGAACCCCGACCCAGACCCCGCGACCCGCAUCUGGAACCGUGAGCCUAGUCCGGACCCCAGUGGAGAUUCCCGCGGCCUGUCCCAGCCCCGGACCUGGUCCUGGCGCAGGGCGGGAGGGAGCCUGGCCACCACUGCUGCCUCCUUCCCAGGCCAAGAGCUCCCCAAGGUGCCCCUCCAAGGGGAGCCUGCAGCCGGGAGACCCAUCCCGAGGACACCGGGAACUGCCAUGACCGUGGAGCACAGGGACGUCCUGGUGCUGCUGCCCACACGGGAGCAGCUGCGGCUGGUCGUGGGGGUGCGGGCCACCGCGCGUGAGCUGUUCCAGCUGGUGUGCGACAGGACUGGUGUCAGAGACGCCCACUUCUUUGGCCUCAGUGUGGUCAGAGACAACGAGUAUAUGUUUAUGGAUUUGGAGCGGAAGCUCAGCAAAUACUUCUCGAAGGACUGGGGCAGAGAGCAGCAGAACGGCGGCGUGAGACCCGGGGCCGCCUUCGUGACCUUCCUGCGGGUGCAGCACUACGUGGAGGACGGGCGGCUGAUGCGGGACCAGGUGGCCAGGCACCUGUACUACUGCCACCUGAAGGAGCGGGUGCUGAGGUCGCAGUGCACCCACCGUGAGGAGGCCUACUUCCUGCUGGCCGCCUACGGGCUGCAGGCCGACCUGGGCAACCACCGGGCCCUGGCCCACGCGGGGCGGUACUUCGAGCCACAGGCUUACUUCCCACCCUGGGUCAUCGCCAAGAGGGGCAGCGCCUACCUGCUCAGGCACGUGCCCGCCCUGCACCGGGAGCAGCGGGGCCUAAGCCCCAAGGAGGCCCUGCUGCGCUUCAUCCGGGAGGCCUGCCGGCUGGAGGACGUGCCCAUCCACCUCUUCCGGCUGCUCAAGGACAAGAAGGAAGACAGACCAACCGUCAUCCUGGGACUGACCCUCGGAGGGGUGCGCAUCUACCAGGAGGUGGGCCGAGCUCCCCGGCUGCUCUACGACUUCCCCUGGGCCCGCAUCGGGAAGCUGGCGUUCCUGGGGAGGAGGUUCCAGAUCCGGCCGGACGGGCCGCCCUCGGCCCGGAAGCUGGUGUACUACACGGGCUGCGCCGCCCACGCCCGCCACCUGCUGCGGCUGCUCCGAGCCAGCCACCAGCUGCACCUGGCCCUGCAGCCUGCGGUGGGGCGGCUGCGGCAGCUGGAGCGGGCCCAGGAGGAGAAGUGCUGCCGGGAGACGUACAUCGGCGACGCACCGGAGCUGGACCUGUCCCCUGCUGGCGGCGGCGGCCAGCACCCCUCCUGCCUCUCGCUCCUGUCCGCCGGCAGCCGCGGCAGCUCCCACGGGCUGGGCGUGGAACCCGGGGAGAUGUCGGUGGACCCACCCUCGGGGGCCGAGGCACUCCGCGAGAACAGGGCGUCCCGCAGCCUCAGCCUGAGCAGUGGGGACACCCGGGACUCGGGGAACGCCUCUCGCCCCCAGGAGCCCUGGGCGGUGGUGCAGGUCACACUGGUCAAGGUGAGGGGCCGGAGUGCUGAGGCUCUGCGCCAGGUCCCUGAGGCGACCCCGGGCCGUGUGCACUCAGACCAGCACAGCGGCAGCCUGGGUGAGGUGCGUCCGCCCGAUGCCGUGCGCCCCGUGCCGGCCCCACGCCGCCGCCCCCCUGGUGCGGGGCUGGACCCCGGGCCCUCAGCCCUCGACGAAAGCGGGUCCAGGCACCUCCUCUGCCCGGACCCUCCUGGGGAGGACCAGCCCCCGGAGGAGUUUGUGGUAUAGGCCAUCUCGGCUCGGUCCUCUGCGGGGUCCGUCCACACUGCACAGCUGUACACACACACGGGCCCCUCCCACAGGGUCCGUCCAGGCCCCGUAGCUCCACCCAUGUGGGGCUCGGGCUCCGCCCCCUCUGCCCCAGGUACCUCUCCCAGCCUCACCUGUCAGAGGUGUGAAACUCCUAGGUCAGGGCCUGAGGUGAAGGGCAGGUCCCUCUCUCCUUGGGGACCCGGCCGGCUGAGGACAGAGACCCCUGAGUCCCGGCCACCCCGUCUGCGUGAAUGGGCAGCAGGCACACAGGCCUCCUGGGAGGCCUCCCGGGCACAGUCCCUGCCCCGCCCCAGGCUUCCCUGGGCCGCCCUCUGUGGCUCCUGCUGCUCAGGGCCCUGGGCCUGCAGAUGAAGCCCCCCUGUGACCGGUGGCCCUGCUCCAUCACCCCAGGCCCCAGAGGCGGUCGUCCCGUUGACCAUCCAUUCCAGUGCCCUGCCACUCCACACUGUGGACACCUGGUCCCCACAGGGCCCCCGAGGUCCCCAGCGGGAAGCUGACACACACGUCAGAUCCCCAAAUGUGCUCAGCUCUGGGGAGACGGGAUGGAGCUCUUCCCCCAACCCGGUGCCCAUUCUGGCCCCAGGGCUGUGGGCUGCAGCGUCCACUGAGCUCCUGGCCCAGGUCGGCCCUGGCCCCCUCCAGGGCCACUGCCACUGGCUGAGCCCAGUUCCCAUCAGCAGGUUGGGUCUCACCUGCCAGACCCAGCUCACCUGGCCCUCCAGGCUGGGGCCCGAUGCCGGCCCACAGCUCCUGCACGUGGGAUUCCCGGGAAGUAUGUCUCUAAGGGGCCUAAGGGGCCGCUGGCCCUUGCUCAGGCCUCGCGAGCAGAGAGUGGGGCUGCAGGCUCAGCACUUGUGUGGUUCUCGCUGGGCCCGAGUGGUCAGUGGCCCCGUGACGGUGCCCACAGACCGAGAGUGCUGGCCGUGGUGAGGACUGCUGCCCUUCACAGUCAGGGUGGCUUGUCAGCUGAGGCCUGCCCCCCAUCCCCCGACCUCCAAGGCCCUGCUUGCAGUGGCCUUCCUGGGAGCCCCCAGCCACCUGGAUGCGCAGAGCUGCUGGGCUGGGUCCCACUGGUGGAGGGAGCCGACCUUAGCAGAGUGGCAGUCUGUGUCCCUGCACAGAAGGGUGGGACCAGUGCCCAGGUUCCCCCACCUCACAGGGCCCCUGGGCUCCAGCCAGCCUUCCAGAGGCUCCAGAGGGGCUGCUUGGUGACGGGCGGGGCUGAUGGGGGGCACUCCUCCCAGCCCGAGGCCUGUCCCAGCACCAGGGCGUGGGGUGGCUUGAUCCACCCACGGGCCCCUCAGGCCUCUCUCCACGCUCCGGGCCUGCACACGCACACCUGCCAUCCUGCCUGCACCUGGCCGUCAGGUAGUCCCCGGUGUCCGCUAGUCACUGUUGACCCCGCUCCCACCCAGCCCUGCCCCGCGGUGCCUCGUCCCCCGGCUGCUGCCUGCUCUGUGCACCUCGGAGGUGGAGGGUGGGGCUCCAGGGCUUUCUGGGGAAGGACGCGAGUGUCCACGUCAGGUGUGCGUGCAGACAGCCCCGCAGACCUGGGGGUUUUCUCCAGCUGGUCGGUGAGAGUGAUGGGGGGGCUCCCCCGCUUUUCAUGGCUGCGGCUUUUCAUGCGGAGAAGCGCAACUUACACGGCUGCUCUGGGUGGGAAAGUGCAGAAUCGUACAUGCCUUUUAUGAAGAGAAGUGAAUUUGCCACAUUCAGUGAGGAGGUCACUGCUGACUUUCCCUUCCAAAGUGCAGUGUGCUCACCGAUGCACAGAAUUCACUUCCGACCCAGAUGGCGGCUCUUUUCCAGACCGACAAAGUGGCUGAGCGUUUUCACCAAAUGCAACUGAAUCUGGGAUUCUAGCACCUUGUCAUGUGGGGGACUUUUAUUUCACUUUGCUGCUUUAAAAUUCAGUGCAGAGAAGUGACUGACUGUAGGGGAAGUGAAGUUAAUUCACACCUUGAAGGAAAAAAGACCUGAGCGUGCGCACCUGCGUUCGCCGCCCCCCCCCCACCGCCAGCUGGUGCCCACCCCCGUGUCAGGGAAGGGCCUGGGCGGAGGAUGCGGAGGGAGGUGGGCACCCGUGUCCACCGGGCCUCUCACAGGGACUGGAGGGCUCACCUUCCAGCCGCCCUGCGGCUUCUGGCCGUGCGUCCCACCUGCCACAAGAGGGCACUGGCGGCCCAAUACGGUGCCCGGGGCCCGGCUGCUCAGGGCCGUGUGGCUGGUUCCCCACCGCCCCGUCCACAGGUCGGAGCUUUGCCUGCAGGCUGCUCCCCCACAUGCCCCCGUCCCCACCACCCCUGGUCCAGCCCACCCCUGCCAUGAAGUUGCCCAGCACCAGGGGCCGUGGGAGGCCAGGGUGGUGCCGUGUGCUCAGCAGGCAGGAGGAGCAGGGACCACUGGCCGACCCUGGGAAACAGCCGCGGGCCCCUAUUCCCGUCCUUCCCCUGGGCCGUGACGAUGCACCUGGGAAGCCGUGGCAAGUGUCCGCUCUCUGCUGGCGCCGUCUGGUGUUCAGGGGAAUGCGAGACAGCUGGGCAAGGGGGGCCUUGGCUGUGGUCCCCAACCCUGCCGGUGUGGCCUCCCUGCUGUCCCCACCCAGCCAGGCUCCCAGGGAGGAGGGGCCACACCUUGGGGAAGUCAGAAGGACACUUUUCCUCCAGUGUCGGUGACACCAGAGGCCUGGGAGACACAGCAGGCAUUUCCAGGAAACCAGGUCCAAGGUAAGGGCUGUGGGUGGCUGCUCCGUGACAAGGGCUGUGGCCCCAGCGGUGGGUGUUCUGGGCAGAGCCCCCCACGUCUCCCUCAUACCGUCAGAGCAGCAGGAAGGCCACCCGGGUCCCUGUGGACCCAAGGAGCAGGCCAUGGCUCAGGCAAGGGCAGGCCAAAACAGCCACCUGCCCCCCCCAAGCCUGCCUGGCCUGCGGUGGGCUGAGGUCAGAGGUCAAGCCACUGGGUCUAGAGCACAGGUGGAAGCUCAAGGCCCUCCAGCUGCACCCGGCCCUGCACCUGCUUCUACCCAGUGGCAGCGCUGAGCUCCUGGCCCCUGGUUAAGUAGUUACGUUUAUACAGUCCAAAUGUUCCAUUCGGCCCCUUGAAGGCGCCAUGAGGCUGAGGUGGCCCCGGGUGACAGUGAGUCUGACACCCACUCCUGGGCCCACCACCAGGCUUCCCGAGGCCUGGGGACACUGCUGUGGCCACUGUCCUGCUGGGACAUGAGACUGAACGAGGGGGCCCAAUGGGAGUUCUGUCGGGGAGGCUGCUGGGACGACCUGGUGGGAGGGCCUGUCACCCCCAGGACGCUCCCGGAGCCUCAGUCACGGGCCAGGGGGAGCAGAGUGUGCCUUGGACACGUCGCCUCCUUUUGAGAGCUCGCUGGGUCUGCAGCCGUCCUCCAGGGCCCCGGGGCAGACCUCGCCCCAGCCCCGCAGCUGGGGUGUCCCCUCGUCCCGCCAGGCAGGAGCAGAGUGACCAGAGACCCGGGAGGACUAUGCUGGGGGCCACACCCCUGUGCACAGAGUGCCCGGCCGUCCCCCCCUGAAACCACCAGCUACGUGGGACCGAGCGGGUUCCUCUCCCGGCAGCAAGCGUUCUUUUGUUUGCUACACACUCAAGGACCCUCGAUUUGAAAAGAUUUUGUCAGGAAAUCAAGUUUAUAAAAGUUGAUUUAUUUCCCCAAUUUAACGAAUGAGCUGGGGCAGCGGACCGGAGCUUCUGACCUGCAGGAGACUGUGCACGUCUGGUGGCCUCUGUCCCCGGCCUGGGGCCCUCUGGGCUGUCGGACGCUACAUGCAGCUGGCGAGUAGCCAGAACGCCCCUCCCCUCCCCGAGCCGGCCCCGCUCUGAGGGGCCCUGCCCCGAGGGUGCUGAUGAGGGAGGGGCCCCCUCGCGGACCUCCGUCCGUGUGAGCCCACCGAGAGCGAACUGGACCUGGGGACGUGGGCUUCUGGAGCACAUUUACCCGGCACGAGGGGCCUGCUCCCUCCCAUGGCGACUCACCGCUGUGCUCUGGACGACAGACAGACGACGGACAGACAGACACAGCGGGAAACAGGUGCCCCGACAGGGCUCACCCAGUGGCCACCGGCCUGUGACUCACCCCUAUUUUCCUGUGUCUAAUGUGCACUUUUUCACCCAAGUUUUUGAGGGAAAAGCAAGGAUACACAUUAUAUACGUGGGUAGUACUAAUUCCAUAUCUAUAUAAAGGUUUUUAGUUCUUUCUAAAAAAGGAUUCUAUUUAUUUUGAGAGAAGGGGAGGGAGGAAGAAAAACAUUGACGUGAGAGAUACAGCAGUUGGUUGUCUCUUGCACGCCCCCAACUGGGGACCUGGCCAUUACCCAGGCACAUGCCCUGAGUGGGAAUCGAACCAGCAACACUUUGGUUUGCAGGCCGGUGCUCAGUCCACUGAGCCAUGCCAGCUGGGGCCAUGUUUUUAAUUCUUUUAUUUAUGCUUAUAUAUUAAAAGUCUAACUCUAGAAAGCAGUAAUAUCUGUAUGCAAAAUAAUAGCCUGGAAUAUAUCAUUGGAUUUGUUUCUAAAUGUAA